AUUCAGGAUACUUGCUGCAGAGCUGAGCUUCUAGGAAAGAGUUGGCAUUCCCAUGAGCAAUGGAUGAAGUCUAUGCCAAUGCUGACGAUGUCAAAUCCCUACGCACAAGAUUAUCAACAAUACAAGAAGUUCCCAGGAGAUUUCUCAGAGCGUCUGUUCUCGGUCUGGGGCUGCUGAGUGUUUUCCUGCUGGCUGGACUCAUCGGCCUCGCCGUCCACUACCAUAACUCAGUAGGUGGUGCAGCUGCAAACCUGUCCUCAGUGACUGAAGAGAGAGACAACCUGACUGACCGUCUCCAGGCCAACGAUCAGCUGAUCAACCAGCUGAAGGCCAACCUCACUGAAAAGACCAGAGAGGUGGACAGGCUUCAGUGUUUUCAGAAACCGUGUCCUGCAGGAUGGAGGAAGUUUGGUUGUUCCUGUUAUCUCCUCUCUACUGAGAAAGCUUCUUGGCAACAAAGCAGACAAAACUGCAGAGCCAGAAGAGCAGAUCUGGUGAUCGUAGACAGUUUUGAAGAACAGAUUUUCCUUGAAUCGAUGAUCAAGAAAAGCCAAAUCAACUCUAGCAUGAUCUAUGAACAGGAAUUCAUCGAUAGAAUCUAUGAAAACACUUGGAUUGGUUUGAAUGACACAGAAAAGGAGGGGACCUGGAAAUGGGUGGAUGGAUCUCCACUGAAUCUGACUAACCAGAAUCUAUUUUGGAGCACUGGACAGCCUGAUAAUGGAGGAGGGAAGUUGGAAGAGGACUGUGUAUACAUCAAUCCCUCCACCUGGUGGGAAGACCUGCCCUGUUGGAGAAAUCUGCAUUGGAUCUGUGAGAAAAAAGCUUAACAUUGGUGUCUGUUUGGAUACUAAACAUGCAAUCAUGCUUUUACAAUUUAGUCAAGUUAAAUCAAGUUAUUUAAAACUAUACAAAAUGCCUGAUUUCAUGAAUAAGAAUGACUUUGCUCAAAUUAAUAAAUCACAUUUAUUUAGUUUUUUGUUUAAGAUUAAUAACAGUAAUAAAUAAAUAGUCAUUUAAUUAGUUUUUGCCAACUUUUGUUUGCCUCAAUUAAAUUUGUAUUAAUCCUUUUACAAAUCUUAUGUAACAUUCUUAUGAACUGGAAAGUCAGAAAGCCCAACUGCUUCAAUUUAAAUAGAUGGCUGGAGGACUUCCUAAACAUCUUCAAUAUGGAAGAAGCUGCUUUCUCCCUGUUAUAUUUGGUUAAGCCAGAAAACAGGCUCUGGGGGAUGAGAUAAGGGCUUUCCUGGACUCAAACCAUCUCGGCUGCCAAUUAUAAUUAUAAUAAUAUUAAUAAAUAAAUAAAGAGAAAUAAGCUAUGAAGAAACAGAAAAAUAAUGGUAAUAUUAAUGAAAGAAGUGAAAUUAAAUGGGAAAUGUAUUUAUUUGACUAUUUAUCUAUUUAUUUAUUCAUUUAUCUAUUAUACAUUUUUUGUUUUAUAAUAAUGAGAAAACAAUGAAGUAUAUCUAUAUUAUGAAGCAAAUCAUGUAUAAAUACAACGCCAUAUGAAUACAUAACAUGUAACUGACAAUGUAAUCCCCCUACCCCCACCCACCCUUCAUGUUA